AUGCGGCUGCGCGUUCGUACCCUCGGGUCGGAGGAAUGCGAAGUGCAUAUCCAACCGGAAGACACCGUGCGGGAUUUGAAGAGGAAGAUUGAGCAGCAGAUUCCACGCAUGCAGACAGACAAACAAAAGCUUGUGCAUGCGGGCAAGGUUUUGGAUGAUAAGCUGCUCAUCAAGCAGUACCCUCAGCUGAAGGAUAACGAGCGACUCGUUGUGCUCGUUACCAAGCAAGUGCCUUCUUCCGCGUCUUCUUCAGCAGCAUCGACGACGACAGCAGCACCAGCACCAGCAGCAGCUGCAGCUGCGGCAACAGCGCCAGCUGCAACAGGAGAAGGAGAAGGAGGAUCUCCCCGUGCGGGAAAUCCAGAAGCUGUACCUGUGCCAGAAGCACAAGCUGCCCCCUCCACAACGCCAGCUCGAUCGGAAGCAACCGCAACAGACAGUGCCGUCCCUGCUUCAGGAGGAGAGCAGCAGGAGCAGCAGCCAAUGUCUGCCGUCAUGAGUGAAUCUGCAGCCACACUCGCAACAGGCGCGCAGCUCGAAGAGUCUAUCAGGAACCUCGAGGAGAUGGGCUUCCCCCCAGCAGCAGUUCGAGUUGCUCUCCGAGCUGCUUUCAACAAUCCGGACAGGGCUGUAGAUUACUUGAUGGAGGGUAUUCCAGAGGAUCUCUUGCCUCCUCCGACUCCAGAGAGGGCUCCCGCAGCAGCUCCAGCCGCAGGAAGCUCCGAGGGCGGAGUCUUGCCCUCUCCAGGGAGUCCUCCUGCAGACAACCCCCUGGCUGCCUUGCGCAGCCACCCAGUGUUUCAGCAAGUUCGGCAGCUCACGCAGACUAACCCGCAGAUGCUUCCACAGGUUCUUCAAAUGAUAGGGGCAUCCAAUCCCGAUCUCCUUCACCUCAUCACCCAAAAUCAGGAUGCCUUCCUCGAGCUGCUGCGCGAGGGAGCGCCUCUGGCCGGCGACGCCGCCUCUAGGGGCCCCACCCCAGGGGCCUCGCCUCUGCUGCAGGGUGGCGUGGUGCAACUGACUGAAGAAGAGAUGGCUGCAGUGGAGAGACUCACGGCCUUGGGGUUCACGCGGAUGCAGGUUGCUGAGGCAUACAUUGCAUGCGAUCGCAACGAGGAGAUGGCAGCCAAUUAUCUCUUUGAGAACAUGAACGACUUUGUAGAUGACGACACCCAGGAGGAACAACCCCCAACAGCCCACUCGUACUGCGACUGUAAUAUCCAUGAGCUGAGACUUCGGCACCAGAAAGGUACCCCGGAAAACGCUUUCUGCUACGCUAGCUACAGUCAACUAUCUAUCGAUUCGGAACGAAGUCAUUCACUGGUUUGUCUGUCUGCUUAUACAAUUCGUUUGUUGCAGUCCACUGUCAGCUUGGUACAGUGGGAUGCAAUAUUGGAUGCUUGGGCGCUAGAAGCUAUGUGCAACGGCCUACGUGUGCGUGGAGUGUGGAAAGAGUAUUGCUCCGUGCACGUAGCCGACACCCACCACUUAUCCCGGAAACUCUCAGGGGCGGCGGCACAGAAAAGAAGGAGUUCGUUGAAAAAGGCUGAACAAUCUGUGAAAAUUAUGCUGAGUUUAAAAUUAAAUGGGUCCCUAGGGAGACAUUGGAUGGAGCGCUACAUGUACGUUUUUGUAUGCUUUUCACAUGCCUAUACAUAA